GUUUCUUUUUUGUUACCUGCGGAACAGACCGAAGAGGAAGCUUCCAACUCUCAGCUAUGGCGUCGGCCGGCGGCAACCCGCUGGUCCUCCCGGCCGUCCUCCACCUCCGCCGGUCAGACGCCGACUUCACCGCGGCGCUGAGCGAGCGGUUCCGCGUCCUCGACUUCUUCUCCUCCGGCGAGCCCCUCCCGGCGUUCCUCGCCGCGGCCGCGGCCGCGCCGGAGCCCCCGCGCGCCGCGGUCGUCGUGGGCGGCGGCUCCGUGCGCGUGGACGCCUCGUUCCUGGACGCCGUGCCCUCCCUCCGCUGCGUCCUCACCACGGGCGCCGGGAUUGACCACAUCGACCUCGCCGAGUGCGCGCGCCGCGGCGUCGCCGUCGCCAACUCCGGGGAGGUCUUCUCCACCGACGUCGCCGACUACGCCGUCGGCUUGCUGCUCGACGUGCUCCGGCGCGUGUCGGCGGCGGAGCGGUACGUCCGGCGCGGGUCCUGGCCGGUGCAGGGCGACUACCCCCUCGGAUCCAAGUUCGUGCACUUCUUUGUACUCUCCUCAUUCAGUAAUUGGCACCAUCUUGGUGGCAAGCGUGUUGGCAUCAUCGGCUUGGGGAACAUCGGCUCACGGAUUGCAAGGAGGCUUGAAGCUUUUGGCUGCAUCAUCCACUACAACUCGAGAAAACCAAAGGAUUCAAUUUCUUACAAGUACUUCGGAAAUGUUCACGAUCUUGCUGCUGAAUCCGACGUGCUCAUUGUCGCAUGUGCACUAAACAAGGCGACGCGGCACAUCGUGGACAAGGAUGUGCUGGAGGCCCUAGGAAAGGGUGGUGUGGUCAUCAACAUCGGCCGAGGAGCAAACAUCGACGAGGCGGAACUGGUCGUUGCACUCAGGGAGGGAAAGAUUGCAGGCGCGGGCCUUGACGUCUUCGAGCACGAGCCCAAGGUGCCAGCAGAGCUGUUCUCCAUGGAGAAUGUGGUUCUGUCGCGUCACGUGGCGGUCUUUACAGAGGAGUCCAGGUCGGACCUGCGCGCGCACACCGUGGGCAACCUUGAAGCCUUCUUCUCCGGUCAGCCGUUGCUCACUCCAGUGGAUGCUGAUUCUCUAGUGCAGUGAACGCAGAUCACUCAUAUCAGAUAUAUUCAAAGCAUUGUGGGGUGCUGCUGCUAGCGGACCAAUAUAUAAUUUUGUUAAAAAUUGGGGUCCCGGUGCCCCUUGGAUAAUAAAUCCGGCUCAUCUGGUGGUGCUGCUAGCAGCGAGCAUGGGCAUUGCCAGUGGCGGGGACUCCUUCGACCAGCAUCGGUGGCGAUCAAGGCAGCAUCGUGGUGUGCCCUUAUGGGAUUUCCAUGUUCCUGUAAACUGGUACAAAACUCAACUGACAAAAGAGAGUUGUGACUCUCCAAGGGCGAGGAUUUCUCGCUCAGAAAUAUGUACAUGCCAAUUGGGAUGAAUGGUGGACUUAUGAUCAGGCAAGGGAUGAAGGUUAGGUGGUUGCUGCCCAAGCAGCAGAUUCUGAACCCUGCCUGGUUCUGCCCCUUCCCGGCGAAACUGUGCCAUUUCAGAAAUAAUUGUAGGAUAAGUUUUGCAAAUUGCUUCUGGUUCGUUGCUCAAGGAGAACAACGGUAGAUUGAUAUGUUCCUAAAUCCAUGAAGGUACAUUGUGCCUUUGCGCGUGGUCAUCAUUCACUCACUUCUCCUAAGUCCUGCCAAUUUUUCUCCCUAGUUCGUGAUGGUAUUGCCCAAGACACGCGCCGGACCUUGAAUCAAAAGAAGUGUUGUAACCAUGUAUCGCUAUAUCGGUGACGUGAUUUCACGAUGUUAGUCAGAGUGUGGUAUGUUCUUGCUGUUUAUAAGCCAUCCAGCCUUAGUAUUUGAAUAUAUUUAUGGUUGUGUGCAUGAUAUAGAAGCCAGAA